AUGGUUCGAAAAAGUAGCAAAUCUAAAAGGAUUCGUCAAGUAGAUACACGUACUCCGAUUAAUAAGAUUUCAUCAGUAUUAAUAUCUGCAUUUCAUCCAAAGAAGAAGUUUUUUGCAGUGGCUAUGAAUGUCUUAGAUGCACAUAAUAUUUGUAUUUUUGAUGUUGUUAGUGGAUUGCUUAAAACAAGCUUUUCAUUGGAUAAAGGAUUAAUAUGUCGAUCAUUAUCAUGGGGAAUUGAAUUCGGCUAUGAUAACAAAACUACUUUGAAGAAGAGAAGAGCAGAGGAUGGGGAUACGUAUAGUAAUGAAAAAGACGUUCUUUAUCUUUGUUUAUCGAAUGGAGAAAUUUUUUUAUUCUCAAUUACUCUUAAUAAAAUUUAUAUGAAGCUUAUGGGUGGUCAUACACAAAGUGUAACUGGAUUUGCUUUUUCCAAUGACUUCAAAAUAGGUUGGAGUUGUGGAUUAGAUGGAAAAAUUGUAGAAUGGGAUUUGUUAACAUCAAAAAUAUUAAAUACAUUUUCAUUUGAGUUGUUGGAUUCUCUUACAGCAAUUAUUUAUUAUAAUUCUAAAAUUAUAUGCGCGUCACAUAAUAUUUACAUAUUAAAUUUGCCAUUAUUGGAUAUCUCACAAACUUUUAAUGCUCAUAUAACACAUGUUGAUUCAUUAUUAGUUUGUUCAGAUUCUAAUGGUUCUAUAUGCUGUUUUUCUGCAUCAAAAGAAGAUCGAUUUAUUAAUAUGUUUCUUCUUAAUGUAGAAAAAAAUGAUGUUAGUGUUUUAGUUACAGAAGAUAAUGUUAAAACUUUAUCAUUCUCUACAUUUUUUGAUAUGACUAUUUUAGCAGUUUUAACAACAUCUGGAAUUGUAAAUAUAUUUCAUGAUCUUUUUGACAAAUCAUUCAUAGGUAUUUUUAAACAGAAAAAGUCAUUGAUUCGACAACCAAUUUCUAAAAUAAUUGCUUUUGACGAAAGUACUUCUACACAAAUAGAAAUUGUUGAUAUUGGUAUUAAAGAUGAUAAUAUUAUUAUUGUGUUAGUAAAUGGUGUUACAUUUAUAUUUGAAACGGUUUCGUAUUUGGAUAAUGAUAAAAAUUUUAAACAGGGUGAAAUUCAUGUUUUUCUUAAGAAAUCAGAUUUUUUAAAGAUACAUGUCAAUGGAGUAUCUAAGCCAAAUAUUAAAUCCUAUAAUGAAUCAAAUGCAGCUGUUAUUGAUGGUGAUGAUAUGAGAAAUUUGGAUGAUGAUGAAACAUCCCAAAGUUCUGAAGAUAUUCAAUCAGAAAAAGAUGUUUCAAAAGCUAUUAAUGAACUUUCUCUUGCUGAAAAAUUAGAGGAGCUUGAAAUGAAAUCAUCGAAACCACCUGAAAUUUCAGUAGAAGUUCCAUCAGCUAAAUCUUUGAUAUCAUUACUUAUGCAGGCGCUUCAAGUUAAUGAUAAAACUUUAUUAGAGUCUUGUUUAAACUGUCAGGAUUCUGAAACUGUUAUGGCUACUAUAAAGCGAUUGGAAUCUCCAUUAGCUGUCCUAUUAUUGGAACGGAUUGCAGAACGUCUUUCUAAACGACCAUCAAGAGCUAGUUCUUUAAGCAUAUGGAUUCGCUGGACAAUUAUUAUUCAUGGAGGAUAUCUUGUGACUUUGCCAAAUCUUAUGAAGACAUUGUCUACUUUACAAUUAACAUUAUUACGCCGUGCAUCUGCAUUACCUAGAUUGUUGGCUCUUCAUGGUCGAUUAGAUAUGAUAAAUGCGCAGAUUAAAUUAAGAAAGGAAUAUGAACCACAAAAUGAAGAAUCAGAAUCGGGAAUUGAAUAUGUUGAGGGAGAGGAUGAUAGUGAUGAAGAUAUGUUGGCUAUUGACGAUACUAUGCAUGUUAAAACUUUGAAUAAUAAUAAUGAUAAUGACGGAAAUAUUUAUGAAAUAGAUGGUUCUGAUUAUGAUACAAUAGAUGAUAAUAGCUUGAAAAAUUCCAAUUCACCAAUUGACGAGUUAUUGACUGAAGAAGUAUCUGAUGAAUUAUCGAGUAACGAGAUAUCAGGAGAUGAAAUUGGAGAAGAUGAAAUUGAAGAUGAAGCCGGUGAUGAUGAUUUAGAGGUCUUUGGGAGUGCAUCAGAUAGUGAUUAUGAAACAAUCAUUGAAAAAAAAACGUAA